AGUGGUGGUACGUCAUGAGAUGUCACCUUGUAAAGCCAUUCUAUUCAGUGAAGUUAGUCUGGCACUUUGCACUAACUCAGAUAAUAAUUUGUCAUCUCCGUAGUCACAUGAGGCUAGGGAAACACCACAUGAAUAUUUUACCACCAAGUCACUGGCUUUUGGUCAUGAUUAAAAGCCCUACAGUGCUGUAUCUCUUCCAUCACCAAUAGGCAUCUUUGAUGCUGUUCCAAGGACUCUCCAUAUGUGUUCAUGUGAAUAUAAACUUAUGUGACAUAUGUGCAUAUGCAACAUAUAUGCACACGCUUAGACUAAAUGUAGCAGGAAACAAACAUGCACGUAGCGGGCGAACCACUUUAUCAUCCUGAAGUGCUGUAUUUUAUUUGUCACACAUAAAUAAUUAAGGCCUCUACAGGGGGAAAAAAACUAUAGACUGUGAUACAGUGAACUUGUGCACUCAGUCAUUCCCUUCAUCCAAACAACUGCCUUUGGCGUGAAUAACAGCUUGGCUGAUAUGAAGCACUGUAUUGAUCUGUUGCUCAAGAAAGUCCACUGAUAUUUCCUUGGACUUUUCCUGGAGGUAUGGCCAUAAGAGCUCAGCAAUGUUGGGAUCUGUUGCUUCUAUCUCCAUCUCUUCCCCGAUGAGUUCAAUAGGGGACAGAUCCAGAGAGAGCGGCCAACUCUCAAUCUGUGCUGUUCCCUCUCUCUCUCUCUCUCAUAAACCAUUACCUUUUUCUGUUUGAAAAACUGCUUAGGAAUCAAAGUCAAUGUCAUAUUGCAGGAACAAAAUAGUAUCCACAGGUGGAAGGGCAUCUCUGGAAAACUUUGUGAUAGUCCAUCUAGCCCAGAGCACCUAUAAUAUUAUAUAAACCUCUGACUGCACAGCCAUUGUGCUGAUAUUGCUUCUACUACAAUGUAAAUCGCAAAUGUGAACUUCCAUCUCAUCAACAGGAGGUUCCCCUUCACGACCCAUCCUUCUCUCCCCAUUUUCAGCUCUAUGGAGACUUAGUUUAAUUCUGAGAUCCUACAUGAGGUAGCAUGAGUUCUAACCAGACUUUUGUAACCUUCGCUUUCUCAUUCCAAGAGAUUCAGGUACUUACAAACCCCCAUGAUUACCUGGAUACUCACUCUACAUACAGGGAUGUUAGGAAGGGGAAUGUUUAUAUAUUUAAAAUAAAAAGUGUCUUCAUAAUAAUUUCAAAAAGCCUAGCUAAAAACUGUAUGGGGGAGAGGGGAAAAGAGGGUUUUCACUGCUCUUUUGUAAGCAAGAGGUUCAUGUGACGGUGUGCUGACUGCUAUUGUAACUACCUUUGCUUUGGCCCAAGUACAAGCCCUUGCUAUUUUGUUGGCUUCCGCCAUUCAGCCCCUUCACCUGUUCGAUCACCCUAUUGUCUAGUAAAAGUUACUAUGACCGCUGAAUGGAUUAAUUAAACUUUGUGACUGUCUCCACAGCAAACAACGUAAUAGCCAUACAAAUGCACUCGGGCUGUGUUUGUUUAUUUUUAUGGAUUCUUUGUACUGGGAUAGCCUGUAGAAGCCUCAUUGGGGGAUUGAACUCUGCUGUGCUAGAUACGGUCCACACACACACACACAUCAGUAUGCCACUCCAUUGCCUUACACCUUUAAGUGAUUGUAAAAUGUCACCAUUCUGAUCUGGUAGCAUUUGAUACCCACUUUGCACAAGUUUACCUGGUUAUGUGAGGUGUAGGCAGUGGAGAAUCAGUCAUAUAUUACUGAGAUAAUUAUAGUCUUACCUAAAAGCCAGGUAGAGGGUGUGAGCAACAAUUUCAGAGUGCUCCAAGAGAGAACAAAGGCUCAUUUUAAAGGUGAGUGUCUCCCACUCAAAUGCACCUUCAGUACCCACCUGGGGUACCGCAUGUGAUGCAAGUGCCGAGAAGAGCGUGCCCAUGAAAACUUUGUACCUCUUUCUGCACCUGAGCAUCUCUUCAAAGUUGAACUUGUUUAUUUUACUUAGCAAUAUUUAUAUUUGCAAUAUUUACUCUAGUGAAUGCCAUAAAAUGGGAAGGUUAAAACAAGAAAUGGUGCCAAGUGAAGACCAUUCACUGCAGUGGGAAAGCAGAACUCUCUACAGGCGAGGGGUAAAAUUUUAAAAAGGGAUUUAAGUCCCAUUUUCAAAAACCAGUUAGGUGCUUUUUUUUAGAAAUAUUCUAGAAAAACCUACCUUCAGGAAGUCAGAUGAUUGGACCCGGUCAUCCACAUUUUCAGGAGUGCCUUCUGAUUUUGGGUUCAGAGUACCCGACUUGACAUUCCACGGACCUGAUUUCUAAAGAUGAACACUUGUCCUGUACCCAUUACCUUACAUUGCACUGCACCUUCUCAGCACCUCUGAAAAUCAGAUUAUGUCAAAUACGUAUCUCAUGUUGGGCAGCCAAAAUUAAUGGACACGUCUGAAAAUUUGGAUUAUGAUAUACCUGACCUGUAUCUGGGAUGGACUGUGUCUACUGCUAGUGCCGAGGGAGACUCUGACGUUCUAGUUCUGACUCUGCCACUGACAUAUUGUGUGACCAUGGGCAAGUCACAAAGCCCACUGUUUGCCUCAGUUUAUCCAUCUGUUAUUCUAGCACUUACCUACCUCACAGGGAUAUUCUGAAGCUUAACAUGUUUGUAAAGUGUUUUGGGAUCCUUGGAUGAAAUGUGCCGUAUAAGUGCAAAGUAUAUAUAUUCUACAUUAUUUAUUACACAUAGGAUAGUCUUGCUUGAUAUAAAUAUCAAACAAGAAUUGGCAAAAGUCUAACGGAUUCCAUUCUACUGAUUUUUUUUAAACAGCUUUUUUUGUAUUGAAAAAAUCUGGAGACUCAAAGAUAGACAUGCUUUCUUAGCUUGUAUGUUGUUUCCUCUGUCUUGAAGUGCUUUGAUAAAUGGAUUGAAACUUGUCUGCUCUGCCUGUAGUUUCUUAGAGCCUCUCUGGAAACUCAAGAGUUAAUUGUCACAGAUAUCUCUACACCAGGCAGAGGAACCAAGAAGGUUGUUUUUCCUCUGUUCUAGCAAAGGAAGCACACUAGUGUUUCACACACACAUGGCAUCAGAACUCUACUCCUGCCCUGAAAAUCGCAGGUCCCACACUUAGGGUAAAAUUAUUUCCCUGUGCAGAGAACCUCAGCACAAACCCCUUGCACCACUUAAAUCCCAGUGAAGAUGUCAAAAUAGGGCCUAAGUGGCACUAGAAGUAGGCAUUAUGUUGGUCCUCUGGACAGGAUGAAUGUUCCCCUUAAAGAGGAGACCUAAAAUAGAGCAUGUGACAAAUUAGCACAGGAAUGGUUCAGUUGUUUGUUCCUCUUUUGAUACAGCCAUACUUUCUCCCAUUAAGGUCAAUGGGAGUUUCGACUGGGCAAAACAAAGCAAGUUAUUGUCGUAGAUUCCAAGACUGGAAGGGACCAUUGUGAUCAUGUAGUCUACCUCCUGUAUAACACAGGCCAGAGAACACCCCCAAAAUACACUGUAAAUGAUGGAGUCAACAAUUUGGACCUUUAUACUGGCCAUUGAGAGUGUGAGCGUGUGUGCUUUUCUGAAACCUUCUGUACUGUAUUUUAGCUGUCCUUGCUACGUCUCCUAAGGAUAUGAAAUUCAGCUAUUGGUUAAGGUUACUGUGAGGUAAAAAGUAGCUAAGUGCACAAAUUCAUUUGUAUUAACAGUAUUGUUUACCUUGUACUGUAUGUCUUGUACUUGCCUUCAACAGAUAGCUCUGUUUAUCUCCAGCUUGAUAAAUAUGAGGUGCCAUGCUUCUGCCACCAAACGUCAACUCUGGGCACCCUAAAGCUGUGAUAGGUAUAUAGGAAAACACAAUGAAAUAUUGAAAGAGUUCCUGUUUACUUCAGUGCUGGAGGUGAAUUACGAAAGAGUAGAGUGAGGGUCACAUUUUCGCUACAAGGCCAUGAAGAUGACUCCAUUACCCUCAGUAUUCUCAAGCCAUGUUUGAUUUACGCAGCCUUUUAUUUCACUUUUUAAUAAUAUUUUGCAUAUUAAAAUUUGUAUAGGCAGCCAGAAGAGAGCAGUAUAUACACAAUACAUGCCACAAUAGAGAGGAUUAGGAAUCAUUGGGUCAGUUAUUUGGGAUUGGGAACAGAGGGUAAGGCAUCCUUUCCCCUUUUUUACACUUUGUUUUAAAGGUCUCUCUAGUUAUUCCGCUGCAUUUAUCCGCCACAAAAGAAGAGUGCAUGAGCAAUACAGCUGGGUGUGAUCUGUUCCGAUAUAAAAUUCAGAAGCAUUUGCUGAGGCAGGUUGGGGAUUUUUUGAAUGGGACUUCUAGGUUCACAUUAGCCAACCCAACCUGUUUCCCUGGUCUAAAUUUUAAAAAAAAGUCCACUCUUUCCCCAGACAGGUUCAGAUUCUCUUUUAAAGUUUUAUCACACAGCUCCUCCAGACCGUGUGUGUAAAUAUAUAUGUGUGUGUGUGUGUGUAUGUACACAUCUAAAAUAUGGACAGAUUUUCAAAAGCCACUGGUGAUCUUAGAUUCCUCAAUUCUUGAGCUGCCUGACUACAAACACCUUAAAUAUUUUCCAAAAGUGCCUUUUGAAAAUCAUGCACCUUUAAGGUGUGUCAAUUAAUUUACCCAGAAUUUAAGGUACCCAAAUUUGUUUGUCAUGUGUGAAAACCUGGAAAUACACACACACGCACCGGCCAAAUUUCCAUGCCUUUGGGUAAUUCCAUUGAUGGUGAACUAGAGAGAUGAUUUUGGUCUAUAGUGUAUGUGUAUUCUAUACAGUAUAUGUGGGUAAUACACACACACACACACACACAGGAUGGCCAAGCACUUUGAUUUACACUUCAGAGUAAGUCAUUUGAACUAAUAUUGCAUAUGUCACAUUCUGAUGUAAGCUGUAUAAUGCCUAUAAUUUUAAUGUUUAUUUUGUUAACAUUACCACCUACAAAAUUAUUUGACACAAAUGUCAAGGUUGCUGUAAAAUGGUAUAACUGUAAUUAUUUCAGUGUAUAAUGGAAGUUAGAGGAAGCCUAUGGUUUGGCUUUGAAGUGUUCUACUUCUAAAAGGAUAUACUUUUUUAAAAAAAAAAAAAGUUUUCUUUUUAAGAUUAUUUUCCUUGCCCCAGCUAAACUUUCCUCAGUUUAUUUGUUAGCUAUUAUAGCUGUUCUGUAGUUAGAUUUUAAUCAGCCCUAGUACACAGUAAUGUGAAACACUGAAAGAGCUACUAAUUAAUCGCCUUUCUGUAUGUAACAGAGAGAUAAAUAUCCAUCCCAGAGGAAUUGUAAUUUCAUGGUUCCUAAUGAUGGUUAGAUUACAUUAUCUGGAUCACUUAGGCUGUGGGUGUCAUAAGAAAUGCUCAAAGUCAUUUAUAUGCUGUUUAAAAAUUUUUACUUUGUAAACCUCAGAAAAUAAUGCAGUGUUAGCAUGCCAGUUUCAUAUUUUAGUUAAAUACCCCUUUGUUCCGCAGACUGGAUGGAUUCAGAUGACAGUGACAAGUUCAGUUCUUUUCCAUUUCACAUGCUCCCUCCACUAUCAAAACAACAUUUUGCAAAUCAUCAUCAGGCUUUUGCAGAUUGAAUGUCAAAAGAAUCUGUUUAGUUUCAGGGCAUUGCUGCACUUCGGUGAGCUAAUUUAUUUUUGGAUGUCCAUUUCCAUUGCAUAUUGUCCGCUAAUUCAUUUACAUACUGUGUGUACAGGUAAUGCAUUUGCGUUGUCUAUCUUGAACUAAACAUUAAUUGGACUUGUGGAGUAUAUUGCUUGGCGAAUCAAAUAAAAUAUUGCAUUCCAAAGCUUUC